CAUCUAUGAUUGUAUGAAGUGACUCUAUCAGUUGCUCUAUUUGUGAACUAAACAUACAAAGUGUGAAGUAACACUGUGUAUUGUGAUCUGACUUUGCCUACAUGCUAUCUACCUAGCUAUCAACUACCAAUCCACCUAGCUACCAACUGGCCUAGCUAGCUAAAAACCAACCUACAUACCUUAUAGGCACUGAUUUGAAUAGGGACCUUCCAUAUGAUAAAAUAUACCUUUUAUUAAGUUCCAUUUAACCCCUUAACGAUGAAGGACGUAAAUGUACGUCCUGAUGACGUGGUACUUGACGCACCAGGACGUACAUUUACGUCCUAAGCAUAACCACGGGCAUUGGAGCGAUGCCCGGAUCAUGUUCGGCAGGUCCCGGCUGUUGAUCGCAGCCAGGGACCCGCCGGUAAUGGCGGACAUAUACGCGUGCGGCGUGAGUUUGUGCUUUAGGGUGCACACCCUAAUGCAAUAGGCUGCGCACGCCUAUGGUCCGAAUUCAUCUGUGAUGUCACAGCAGGCUGCAGCCAGCCACUAGGAGGGAGACCCCUAGUGGCCGGAUUUAAAAAUCAAAAUAAACUGUUUUAAUCACAAAAAAAGUAAAGUAGAUUAGAAAUAUGUUGUAGUACUUCAGUACUACAACAUAUAUAAAAAGUUCAUGACAAUACCCAUUUAAAUGAUACAGUUGUCAAAAGAGGAAGGUCCCUGCAUACAGAUCUAUGCAGGAAUCCUAUUCACCUUACUAAUCCCCCUGGAACUCCUAUUCUUAAGAAAACCAGGUCUCCUGCCAGUCUCUCAAUCCUCGUCCACCUCAUCUUGGAGCAUGUGACCAUUGUGUCAAAUUAUUGGCUGCAACGAGCCCCCAAUCUAGCCAGUGGAUCCCUCCUGUGGUCACAUAUAUUGUGUCUAGAGAUAUGAGGACCAGCAGGGACCUGGAAUGGGAGUAGCAGGGGAUCUGCAAUGUGAGUAUGACUGCUCUUAUUUAUUUUACAAUAACCCUUAAAAAAACAUGCAGCUUUUGGCUGUCAGGGCAUGCUGGGAGUUGCAGUGGGAAAACAACUGGAGGUACACUGUAUAGGUGAAAACAGUAUCUGUGAUGCCCGCAGCUGCCGCACGUCCCGCUCCCCCGAGCCCCGCCGUGCAACCCGGUCCGACCGCAACGUGGUGUGCAUGCACCCUAACAGUGUUUCCCAACCAGGGAGCCUCCAGCUGUUGCAAAACUACAACUCCCAGAAUGCCCAGACAGCCUUCGCAUGCUGGGAGUUGUGGUUUUGCAACAGCUGGAGGUGCCCUGUUUGGGAAACACUGGGGACCACUCACUCCAGUGCACUUUUAGUUUGCCCCUUUAUGACGUCACGUUUCUACUCCCAGCAUGCAGCGCGGGGUGUGUUUCUAUCUGUGCUCAGGAGGAGUGUUGCGGUUUCUGUUCCCCGAUAGACCAGCAGCCAUACUUCCAAGCUAUACCUAUAAGCGGACCAAACACUCACCAGAGUCGGCGCCGCACUAUGGAGUCCACUCUACUAGUCAGUAUGCAGCCGGCUGGGCGUAAAGCUCGCUCAUUGGUUGACGGAGCUGUCAAUCACACACGCUCGGCCUGGGGCUUGGUCACGUGGUGUUUAGAACUCGCGCUUUGAAUGGAGAGCGCUCGCUCCCGCCUGUCUGAUUGACAGGCAGGGAGCGAGCGCAGCCUGACUGAAUUCAGACCGAUUCCCGGCCGGCAUCGGUCCGAAUUCAAGCGUGACGUCACGCCAGGCUGCAGCCGGCCACUAGGAGGGAGACCCCUAGUGGCCGGUUUUUAAAUGUAAGUUAAACUAUUUUAAUGAAAAAAAAUAAAAUAAAUGUAUAUUAGAGAUAUGUUGUAUAUAAAAAAAAAAGUUUGGUGACAGUGCCCAUUUAAAUGAAAUAUUUGAACCAUUCCUCUUUCCCCUCAGGUUCUUUUAGGAAGAAAAUAGUUAGUUUCCUGUCUGACCUACUAAGGAUGGACGAGGGCAGAAAACAGAUGACUGAGCAUAUAUUAAAGCUCACUAUAGAGAUAAUCUACUUGCUGACCGGAGAGGAUUACAUUGUAGUGAAGAAGAUAACUGAUGAAGAUAAAACAUAUAGUGGAUACCAGGUUCCUCUCCCACAUUCACUGACACAUAAGGGAAACGACUAUCAGGAGAUCCUGGGACUUAUCAACAAGAUCACUGAGCUGCUGACUGGAGAGGUUCCUAUGAGGUGUCAGGAUGUCACUGUGUAUUUCUCCAUGGAGGAGUGGGAGUAUAUAGAAAGACACAAGGAUCAGUAUGCGGAUGCUAAUAUAAAGACUCAUCAGACUCUACUAUAUUCAGAUGAAUCCAGUAACAAGGGAACCACAAGUUCAAGUUUUCUAUAUCUCGAUGACUAUCCAGAGGCAAAUCUAAAUAUCCCACAGAAUCAUCAGGUAACAAAUCUGAAUGAUAUGAAAAUUGAAGACAUACAGGAAGAAGAGAUGUAUGGGAGUGUAAUCCAGCUGUGUAAGGCGGAGGACAUGCCUUCAGAUAUCAGCACGGGUUAUGAAGUCAAAUAUAAAAGUUUUAUGGAGGACAAUCAUGGAGAAUAUUCCACAACAUUUCUUUCCAGCAGAGAUCAUUCAACUGAUCACACUAAUCUCGAGGAACCUUCAUUUGGUCAAUCACAAAUUGUUAAACAAAGUACAGAAAAGAAAAAGGAAAAAAUAUUCCCAUGUUCUGAAUGUGGGAAAUAUUUUAAAAAGAAAUGUAUUUUAUCUAUGCAUGAAAGAAUUCACAGAGAUGAAAGACCGUUUUCAUGUUCGGAAUGUGGCAGAACUUUUCGCCAGAAAUCAGAUCUCACUGUACACGAACGAAUGCACAGAGGGGAGAAGCCAUAUUCGUGUCCUGAAUGUGGAAAAUGUUUAACAAGAAAAUCAUAUCUUACUGAACAUCUCAGAACUCACACAGAUGACUUCACCAAAAACUUUGCGGGAAAUCACCUUUUAGCUCCAAAUCCCGAAGUAAAUAAUGACAAGGUCACAGAAGGCAAUCCUGGAGACCAUCCGAAAGCUCUUCUUACCACAAAUAUACAACACUUAGUACUUCACAGCAGAGAUUUAUGGACGGAUCGUUUUAAUUGCAAAGAACCUUCAAAAUCUCAAUCACAGAUUGUUACACAGAAUACAGGAGAAAGCGCAUAUAAAGUAUUUUCAUGUCCUGAAUGUGGGAAACAUUUUACAAAGAAAUCUUCUCUAGUCAUGCACGAAAAAAUUCACAGAGGUGAGAGGCCAUUUGCAUGUUUAGAAUGUGGGAAAAGUUUUACAAAGAAAUCUAAUCUUUCUGUGCAUGAAAGAAUCCACACAGGAGAGAAGCCAUUUUCGUGUUCAGAAUGUGGGAAACAUUUUAAAAGGAAAUCUAUUCUUUCUGUUCAUGAAAGAAUUCACACAGAUGUAUGUCCAUUUUCAUGUUCAGAAUGUGGGAAACAAUUUAAAAGGAAAUCAAGUCUUUAUGCCCAUGAAAAAAUUCAUAGAGAUGAGAGGCCAUUUUCAUGUUUAGAAUGUGGAAAAUGUUUUCGCCAGAAACAAGAUCUUACUGUACAUCAAAGAAGGCACCGAGGGGAGAAGCCUUUUCCAUGUACCGAAUGUGAUAGAGGUUUUCAACAGAAAUCAGAGCUAGUUAGACAUCAAAGAAUUCACACAGGGGAGAAGCCAUAUUUUUGUUCAGAAUGUGGGAAGCAUUUUGCGCAGAAAUCAGUUCUUCUUAGACAUCGAAAAAUUCACACAGGGGAAAAGCCAUUUCCAAGUUCUGAAUGCUGGAAAUCUUUUACGCAGGAACAAGAUAUUUUGGAACAUCAGAAAAUUCACACAGAAGAGAAGCACUUUUCAUGUUCUGAGUGUGGAAAAUAUUUCACACGGAAAUCAAAUCUUAUUGAACAUCUGAGAACUCACACAGGGGAGAAGCCAUUUCCAUGUCCAGAAUGUGGGAAAUGUUUCAGCCAGAAGUCUGAUCUUGUCAAUCACAAGGUAACCCAUACAGGAGAGAAGCCUUUUUUAUGUUCAGGAUGUGGACAAAGUUUUAACCGUAGAUCAGCUCUUGCUCGACAUAAGAGGCAAAUCCAUUUUAAAGUUCAGACUGUAGAAUAUGUUUUACCUCAGAUUACCCCAUCCUCGGAUUCCAAUUCCUCAUACACAUGGUGCGGAUCACAUGAUCAUGACAUCAUCAAAGGUCCUUUAGCCAACUGGGAUCCAGCAUCUACUAACAAUUUCAUAAGGAAGAAAACAGGUUAUUAUCUGACUGGCCUAUUAAGGAUGGACAAGGACAGAAAACAUAUGGCUGGGAGCAUAUUAAACCUCACCCUAGAGAUCAUCUACCUGCUGACCGGAGAGGAUUACAUAGUAGUGAGGAGGGUAACUGAGGAUGAAGCUUAUAGUGGGGUCCAUGUUCCUGUCCUGUUGCCUCGUUUACUGACACAUAAGGGAAACCGCUAUCAGGAGAUCCUGGGACUUAUCAACAAGAUCACGGAGCUGCUGACUGGAGAGAUUUCUAAAAGGUGUCAGGAUAUCACUGUCUAUUUCUCCUUUGAGGAGUGGGAGUAUUUAGAAUGUCACAAGGAUGAGUAUGAAGAUUUUUUUAUGGAAAGUCACAAGACUUGCAUAUAUUCAGAUAAUUAUAGUAAAGAAGAAACAUCGGAGAGAUGUUCAAGUUUUCCAUAUUCAAAAGAUUAUUCAGAGAAAAAUCUAAAUAUUCAACAGAAUCAUCAGGUUACAAGUUUGAGUGAUAUGAACGCUAAUAACGUUAAAGAGAAAGAAAAGAGAUAUGUGGGUGUAACCCAGCUGUGCAAGGAUGAGGAAAUGCCUACAGAUAUUAGCACUGCAGACAUCUGUACAGAAUACACCAUUGGAAAUCUUUUAUCUCCAGAUUAUGAAGUAACAUAUAACUGUAUCACAGAAGACAAUCAUGGGAAACAUUCCACAACACUUCUUACAACUAUACCAUCUGUUCUUUAUAGCAGAGAUCCAUCUAUUGAUCCCACUAAUCACAAGGAACCUCCACCUGAUCAAACACAGAAUGUUAAACAAAGUACAGGAGAGACAGUGGGUAAAAUAUUUCAGUGUUCUGAAUGUGGAAAAUGUUUAACUAGAAAAUCGCUUCUUAUUGAACAUCACAGAACUCACACAGGGGAGAAGCCAUAUUCAUGUUCUCAAUGUGGGAAAUGUUUUGUAAGAAAAUCACGUCUAAUUGAACAUCAGAGAACUCAUAAAGAGGAAAAGCCAUUUUCAUGUCCAGAAUGUGGGAAAUGCUUUAAACAUAAGUCCACUGUUAUAAAUCACCAGGUAGUUCAUACAGGGGAGAAGCCAUUUACAUGUUCCGAGUGUGGAAAAUGUUUCAGCAGGAAAUUAUCUCUUAAUGAACAUUGUGCAACUCACAUAGGGGAGAAACCAUUUUCAUGUUCUGAGUGUGGGAAAUGCUUUACAAGGAAAUCAAGUCUUAUUGAUCAUCUAAGAGCUCACACAGGGGAGAAGCCAUUUUCAUGUUCAGAGUGUGAAAAAUGUUUUAGCCUGAAGUCCGAACUUGUUAAACAUCGGGUAAUCCAUACAGGAGAGAAACCAUUUUCAUGUUCAGAAUGUGAAAAAUGGUUUAGCAAGAAAUCUCAUCUUGUUAAACAUCAAAUUAUUCACACAGGGGAGAAACCAUUUUCGUGCUCAGAAUGUGGGAAAUCUUUUAGCCAUAAGUCUGAUCUAGUAAAACAUCAGAGAAUACACUCGGGAGAGAAGCCAUUUUCAUGUUCAGAAUGUGGAAAAUGUUUUAUCCGGAAGUUUGAUCUUGUCAAACAUCAUGUAAUCCAUACGGGGGAGAGGCCAUUUUCAUGUUCAGAAUGUGGGAAGUGUUAUAAACAAAGCUCAGCUGUUGCUCAGCAUAAGAAGCGAAGCCAUUCUAAUGUUAAGACUGUGGCAAAAGUUUUGCCUCAGAUGUAAUGCUUUAGAUCAAAUGGAUUAAAAUUCCUCAGCUUUUUUAAUUUUUUUAAAUAAAAUGCAUUAUUAUUUGUUUUACAACAAUAGACAAAAGACACAAUCACAAAAUAUCAGUGAUUAUACAGAGUGUUCUCCACUUUUUGUUGUAAACAAUAAUAUUUUUACCUCUGUGCAUCCAUUAUAUGUCUCGCCAAAUUAAAUGGCACAAGGCUGAGUGUUCAAACUGAACCCAUCUCACAACUUAGCUUCAGACCCCAUACUACAUUCCACCAUGUCCGGGCAUGCUGAAAGUUGUAGUUUGGCAACAGCCAGAGGCCCAGUGGUUGGAAUACACUGCUCUAGAUGAAGGUAAUACACAGAUUAGCGAACCACUUUUUUGCCAUUCCCUCAUGGCAGUCAUAAAAACCCUGGCGAUAUGCUGUCUGACACAGGCCUAAUGCUAUACCAUUGCUGCCUUUACUGCUCUCACUGUUAUUUACCCUAUGAAAACGUUAACCAUGUCUUCCAUUGGGAAGCUAUAAAGAGGUACUGUGCCCCUAGGCAUGCCGUGAUGUCACAAGGGGCGUGGUGUGACAUCACAGCGGCGGGACCCCCACGAUCAGACAUUCAUGUCUAUGGGAGGUGGUGUGAUGGCCAUCACGCCCCCUUCCAUAGAUAUGAAUCCAGGGGGGUGACAUCACAAAGGGGCCACGGUGUCACAAUCACAGCGGCCAAAACCCAGCGUUCUGAACAGGACGCAGAGAUGUCCCGGUCUUCUGCUUUGGGCCGGGCGCACUGCCACUUAAAAUUUAUUGAAGCUGCCGGGAGGCAGCGCAAGCAGGCACGUCACUGAUGUGCCUGUGUGCAUGAGAGCCCGGGCAGAAGGAGCGGAGGAGCACCGCAGAGGAAGAAGACAGACAACUGGCCAGAAAAUUAGUACAUUUCUGACUGAUCUGCUGAGGAUGGACAGGGAAAGAAAACAGAUGACUGAGAAAAUAUUAAACCUCACCCUAGAGAUUAUCUACCUGGUGACUGGAG